GAGGUGCUGACGGCUGGGAGAGCGAGCCCUGGUGAAAAAGAAGAGGCUUGGCCUCUCCGGGGUGGAAGUGCUUUGGAGAGAGACACCUGGACCUGCCUCCCCAGCCAUUCUCAUCAGGAUCCUUCUCCCGGACGUGUCUCCCCGGACGCUUCCAUCAGAAUCUGUCCCCUGGAUGCGUCUGCCCGGCUGGUUCCUUUAGGAUCCGUCUCUCACACGCAUCUCCCUGGCUGGUUCCAUCGAGAGCCGUCUCCCGGACGCGUCUCCCCGGUGGUUCCAUCGGGAUCCGCCUCUCAGACACCUCUCUCUAGUUCCACCAGGAUCCCUCUCCCAGACGCGUCUCCCUGACUGGUUCCUUUAGGGUCCGUCUCUCACACACGUCUCCCUGGCUGGUUCCAUCGGGAUCCGUCUCCCAGAGCCAUAUCCUUCAGAGGGGACUAUCUGGAUCUCACAUUCACGCACCUCGCAUAGGGAUCCUGUCCCCAGCUGAUCCCACAAAGAACUGUCUUCUGGCCUUCUCUCUCCACUACGACCUUCCUUGCCCUGGUGUCUCCAGCCGAUCCCCACGCAGAAUUAUUUCCUGGGUUUCUCUCUCUGCUCAGACGCCCUCGCGUCCCCACUAAGAUCCUGCUUCGCUCCCCUUGGCUUCCUCCUCCUCCAGCAAUGGCUUCUGCAGGGCUGGAAAUCUUGGGCAUGGGGCUAUGCAUCUUCGGCUGGCUGGGCUCCAUCAUCUCCUGCGCCCUGCCCACGUGGAAGGUGACGGCCUUCAUCGGCAACAACAUCGUGACGGCGCAGACCAUCUGGGAGGGGCUGUGGAUGAACUGCAUCGUGCAGAGCACCGGCCAGAUGCAGUGCAAGGUCUACGACUCCAUGUUGGCGCUGCCCCAGGACCUGCAGGCCGCCCGCGCCCUCACGGUCAUCUCGGUGCUGCUGGCCCUGCUGGCCCUGCUGGCGAGCGUCGUGGGCGCCAAGUGCACCAACUGCGUGGAGGACGAGGGCGCCAAGGCGCGGCUCAUGAUCGUCUCCGGCGCCGUCUUCGUGGUCUCCGGCGUCCUCUGCCUCAUCCCCGUGUGCUGGUCGGCCAACACCAUCAUCCGGGACUUCUACAACCCGCUGGUGUCCGAAGCCCUGAAGCGGGAGCUGGGGGCAGCGCUCUAUGUGGGGUGGGCCGCCGCAGCCCUGCUGGUUCUCGGGGGGGCUCUGCUUUGCUGCUCCUGCCCGCCCCGCUCCGAGAGAUACCCACCCCGGGUCGGGUACAUGGCGGCUGCGAGGUCCGGGGUGGGCAGCGGGGUGGACAAGAGGGACUAUGUGUGAGGGGAGCAGAGGAGGGGAUGGAUGGAUGGAUGGAUGAGCACAUGGGUGAACAGAUGAACGUGUGAACGAAUGGAUGGAUGAAUGUGUGAAGAAUGAGAGAACGAGCGAAUGAACAAGAGAGUGAAUGGAUGAAGGUGUGAAGAGAUGAAGUGAAUGAGGGAGUGAAUGGAUGAAGGUGUGAAGAGGUGAAUGGAUGAAUGAGGGAAUGAGUUAGUGGCUGAGGGAAUGAAUAAACAAGUGAAGGAGGGAGAGAAUGAAUGUGGCAGGAGAUGAAUGGGGGAACGAAGAAAUGGACAAGUGGGUGGAUGAACAAGGACUGAUGGAUAAGGAGUAGAGGAAAAAACGAGUGAACAAAAGCAUGGCUGAAGGGACAGAUGAGGGUGCGAACAAAUGAACGAGCGGGCAAAUGAGUGAAGGGAGGAGCAACGAAGCGAGCGAAUGGAUGCGGGAAGGAGUGAGUGGAUGAGACAAUGGAUGGAAAAAUGAAAAAGUGAGGAAGGAAGGAGGGAACGAAUUAAAUAAAUAAAAGACGGGGUGGGGGCAGAGAGCAGACACGUGGGGGACCAAACAGAAGGAAGGUUGAAACCACAGAGGAACGGCGCGAACGGCACCGUCAGUGAAGGAAUGAACAAAGGGCUAAUGGACCAAGGAGGGACGGGACAGACACUGUGCCAAGGAAGGAAGGAAUAAGCGGCCGAUCCCCAGCGAAUGAACAGAUGGGGCCGUUGGGAGAGAUUGAGGGGGCUCAGCCGGGGAGCCCUGACCCCAUGGAGCCCGGCUGGACCUCACCCUGGUUUUGUUUGCUCGAAGGUUAAUAAUUGUCCCAGCUCCCUGGACUGAGACCUGCUAAACCACCCCCUGAACACGGGGACCACCUGGAACCCCCAGCCUAAGGGGCCCCUCUAUCCAAAUCCAGGGGCCCCAAGAUUUUGGGGGUCUCACUCCUCACUGGGGAUAGAUCCAGGGCUUAUUCGGUCAUCACUGAGUGGGAUUUGAGGGGUUCACAGGGAGUGGGUCUUAUGAUCCCUGGGUGUGGUUCUUUGAGGAUGCUGAACCCCCAUUUCCUGACCUCUCUAGGGAGGGGGCUCGGCCCAUGUUUCUGAGGAUGUUAUGGGGAUAAAAGAACCAGACUAGGACACUC